AUACUAUAGUUGGGCAAAUGCCAAAAAAUAAUCUUCCACAAAUAAGCGUCAGGUUUAGGUCCACCUAAAUGAAUCAGCUUGUGUUUUGAAAAACAACAAACAAAAGCUUCCUGAUCAUCUUUCGAUGGCGUGGGUUCGAAUCCCACUCUUGUCAUUAUUUUUCUUCACUUCUCUUUUGCUUUUCUUUUUCUUAGUUUCUAAUCACCUGCUGGGUUUGUUGCAUCUAGUGUUUGUUGAUUUUGGUUUGAGGUUUUAUGUUGGUGUUUUGUUGAAGGCAUGGAAGAGAACUGCUUCGCUUUUUGAUUGUGAGGAAGCGAGACCUCGGGCACUACAUAGUAAGUUGUUUCAUGGGUACACUGAUUGCUAAAUUCUUGAGGUUAAGUAUAUAGUACCAACAUGGAUAGGACCAUCAAUCGUCGGUUUCAAUAUUGUGCGUUGCUAUUCGCUUCACAGGAGUCAGAAUCUCGAGUAUA